AUGGCCGCCCCCGCAGAUGCCUCCAUCAAGAACCUGAACGGACUACAACCUGUCCGAUCCCAGCGAUCCACUUCUGAGCCUGGUACCUCCCCCGGCCCAUCCGCCCCCAGCCCGAACAACAACAACCAAUCUAACCCCGCUCGCGACACACAGCAAGGAAUGGGCUGGCUCCUCCGCAAAGCCAUCAGUCUCGCCUACAUAACCGCCGAAGUGAAGCAGUAUGCCGACUCCGAGGACCCCAAGAUCAUGCAUAUCGACAUCAAGCAGUACGUCACCGGCGGCAUCGAGGGCACCACCGAGAACCGCACCACCGACUGGAAGACGCGCGAGCACCAGGACCACAUCUUCGGCCGCGUCGAGGGUCAGUCCAAGUUCUUCCGUGGAUCCAAGAGCGCCGACGGCAAGGUCCGCCCCAACCAUGACUGGGCAACCGAGACCGACAACGAGCAGAUCAAGAAGUUCUUGAACGGCGAGGUCUUGAAGGAUGGCAGCGAGUGCGACGGCUGGAUCGUCGAGAAUCUCGGUGAGGAGUAUGGCGAAGGCGAAGGUCUCUGGUUGCAGAGUUAUGUGCGGAGUCUGGACUCCACCUGGACUGCUGAGCAGGUGCGUUGUUGA